AGGGUACAUGUGAAUUUCAACAAUUUUUUGCAUAGAUUUAUAUAGUCGACCAUGAAUUGUUUUUGGUACAAAGCCUGAUGAUAAUCAUUAUCAUUUUUGCUUCUUCUAGUAGCUUCAUAAAUCACCUUUGACUUUGACAAAUGAAUGUUCCUCUCUUCCAGUGGUCAGUCAAAACGUUAUUUAAAAUUAUUACUUUUCAAUACUAUUGUCAUUCAAUGGCGUGCUAUGAUGUACUUUUCUUUUCAAUUAACUCACGGAGAGAUAAAAGUUGCUGUAUGAAAUGAGGGAACGAAUGAUUAGCCUUCAAAAUGAGUUCACAAAGAGACAUAACAGUCUGGGUUUCAGUUUUCUUUUCCUGUUUCUUUAUCCAACCAUCAAUUCAUGCAAAAGACAGCCUCGGGCCAGGAGAAACCUUGUACUACAACCAAACGUUGGUCUCAGCGGGUGAUGUUUUUGAGUUGGGUUUCUUCAGCUUCACUGGUUGGGAGAAUCAGUACUUGGGAGUAUGGUUCAAAGACGACAAAGACAAGAAACCAGUCUGGGUUGCCAACAGAGACAAUCACAUCUUGGAUUCAUCAGAUUAUCUCUCUAUAAGGCGAGACGGGAACUUGGUGAUAGUGGACGAAUCCACUGCAAAUUGGAUCAUAAACUCUGGAUCACUUUCAACAACCAACAACACCAUAGCAAAAAUUCUAGAUACAGGAAAUCUGGUCCUACUUGAUGGAGAUGAUGAUGGCAAGAUUAUAUGGCAAAGCUUUGACUACCCAACAGACACUUACCUCCCUGGGAUGAAAAUUGGCUAUUCAAACUCAGACUCAAAUAAUAAGAAAUCCUGGUUUCUUCUGUCAUGGUCAAGUCCAUCGGUACCAAGCAGUGGAACCUAUGCUUUUGGCGUGGACAGGUUUAAUAAGUCACUUUUCAAUGUCGGGAGAAGAGGUACUGGUGUUUAUCAACCGGUUGGUCUAGGGGAUGGCAGUAGUUUCAGAUUCUUCUUUCAGAAUUCAUCAGAGGGGUUCAAUUUCAGCUUGGUAUCUAAUCCCCAAGAGGAUUAUCUUACCUUCAACAAUAUGGGAGAUAACUUUUCGGCAUGGUUUGCUCUGGACUCAAAUGGGUAUAUAAUCGAGUACAGGAAGUUGCAGGAGGGAAUAACAAGGGAGAUUCAUUCACCGUGUGAUACGAGUAACUCCUUGGGAAUCAAUAGCCAGGGAUGUUUGAUACCAAGGCCAAGUAUGUGUGAUGCUGGAGAUGGGUUCUUUGAGCACAGGGGGGUAAAGCAAAUUUCGUCAAUUGCUACAGUUUCUGCAACUGUUGGUUAUGGAGAUUGUGAGCUGAUAUGCAAGAAUAAUUGUUCAUGCAUGGCAUAUUCUUCAGUUGAUGAUGGAGGUUCUUGUGAAUUCUACUAUGGAGAUAUGAAUGAUCUUGUCAGCAAAAUGAACGCUGGAAAUAGCUCUAUUUAUGUUCGUGAAAAUGGUUCUCAGACGUCAGACAACGGAAGGAAGAGGAAGCUCUUGGUGGCAAUUAUAGUCCCAGUGGCAGUGGUUUGCUCCACAGUGUUCUGUUUGAUCUUCUGGUUGUAUUAUUUCCGAAGAAGAAAGCACAAGUUUUUAGGCAUGUAUGGAAGUCAAAGAAGCAAGAAAUGCAAUUUGCAAUGUUUUCCUUGGAAAUCACAGGACCAUGAAGGUGCAACUCUUGAUGCUAACAACCUAAAUGAAUUUGGCGCGAAUGAUUGCGAUGACUUACCAGAGUUCAGCUUCUCAAGAAUUAAAGCUGCCACUAAUCAGUUCUCUUACCAAAAUAAGCUUGGACAGGGUGGUUUUGGAUCAGUAUAUAAGGGCAUGUUAUUAGGAAAUGAAAUUGCAGUCAAAAGACUUUCUAAAUACUCGGGACAAGGGCUGGAGGAGUUCAAGAGUGAGGUGCAAUUAAUUUCGAAGCUUCAGCACAGGAAUCUUGUUAACCUAAUAGGAUAUUGUGUUCGAAGAAAAGAAAAGAUUUUAAUCUAUGAGUACAUGCCAAACAAAAGCUUGGAUUCCUUCAUUUUUGAUCCAUCAAAGCAACACCUGCUAGAUUGGAUACAGCGACUGCAAAUUGUGGAAGGGAUUGCUCAAGGUCUUCUUUAUCUUCAUAAAUACUCUCGAUUAAAAAUUAUUCAUCGGGACCUGAAAACCAGCAACAUACUAUUGGAUGCUUUUAUGAGCCCGAAAAUAUCGGAUUUUGGAAUGGCUAGAAUCUGCCUUGACAAUCAGUCAGGAAGGAAAACGUCAAGGAUAGUCGGAACAUAUGGUUAUAUGUCUCCAGAGUACGCACUCCAUGGCCUUUUCUCUACAAAAUCUGAUGUAUUCAGCUUUGGAGUAAUUUUACUGGAGAUAGUGAGUGGAAGAAGAAACACAGCCUUUAAUGACCCUGAUAGCAAUCUGAACUUACUAGGCUAUGCCUGGGAGGUUUGGAAGGAUGGGAGAUUCAUGGAAUUGUUGCAUCCAAGGUUGGCUGAGUCGACCUCAAAAAGUGAAGUUUCAUUGUGCAUUCAAAUAGGACUACUGUGUAGCCAAGAAAAUGCAGAUGACAGGCCAACCAUGUCUGAUGUGGUUUCAUUCCUUAGCAACAGAGAAGAAAUCUUACCAAUGCCGAAACAACCUGGAUUUUAUGCUCUUCUGAAUAUGGGAGGCGCUGAUUCAAGCAGAAUAAGACAAGAGCAAUCUGUCAAUACAGUUUCGUUUUCAGGAAUUGACGGUCGCUAGCAGCUAUGAAUUUCUACCUUGAGUGAUUCCUGGUAAAGGACAUUAAAGCUUUGUUGAUUUUAAAGUAUUUCCUUAUGGCUUUAUGCCUUGUUAUUAUGGUAUUUAUAAGCAUUCGGUUAAGUUUUUAGUGAGGGCAUUGAAGUUGGGAUUUGUAAAUACACGCACCGGUGAUCUUUAUCAGUUCAAGUUUGUUCAGUUAUGAUAGGAUCCCAGUCAUAGCAGCUAGUAUCCCAUUUAUCUCAGUUAUUGAAUUGUACACACAAAAUUUAUGCAAACUGUUUUGUUAA